CCUGAAUCAAUAAACUUUUCUGAGAUGGACGUCGGGUGAAAGAAACAACAAACUUCUCUGGGUAACCAAAGUAUAUAGGUGAACUAAGGUGAAAUAAAAUAUUUAUGGCUAAUAAUUCAUACUUCUGAUUUGUACAAUUGCGUAAUUUAAAAAUUUAGUAAACCGAAGAGUAAAUUUUGUGGAAAUAAAAUACUUGAGCAAUUAAGUUAUUGAGAGGUCGGGAAGCAAACCCAGAAGUAUGGAUGUUUUAAUUAGUGACUGUUUAAAUAUGGAAAUUAAUACCAAUGGAAAAAAGCGCACAAAUCGAUCUAAAAAGAUCGGAGCAAAAGCUUCAGAUCAAGCAUCUCGUGAACCCAAGUUGAACCAAAAAUAUAAACAGUCGAUCAACCCAUCGAAACGUCACAGAGAUCGGCUAAAUGGUGAAUUAGACAAUCUAGCUAAACUUUUGCCAUUUCCAGAAGAUGUUAUUGCGCGUUUGGACAAGUUGUCGAUUUUACGGCUUAGUGUUAGUUAUCUCCGAAAUAAAAACUUCUUCAAAGGCUCCAGUAAACCAAAGUCGAAAGAGCCAAAAACAGAAACAAACAGUCAGUUUUCGUUUCUUUUCAACGAGGCGCUUGAUGGUUUCGUUCUUGUGGUCACGUUGGAUGGAGAAAUCUUCUAUGUUUCCGAAGGCGUCAAGGAUUACUUAGGCUAUUCUCAGUCUCAAAUUUUGCAUCAACCUUUGGAAACAUUGGUACACGAUGACGACAGAGAAGAACUGACUUCACAUUUAAAAGGGGCGCCACCUAAGAUCGAGGAGAUUAAAGAGAAUGAUGAAACAGAAAAUGACAGUGAAAAGGAGAGUGAGCCACGUGAUUUCAUCUUAAGAUUGAAAAGUGUGUUAAACACAAGUUCAACAGAUAUGUAUAAGCCGUUUAAAUUGAGUGGCACAGUACGAAAGUUGAACAUGGAGCCAGAUGUAGAAACAUUGAAGUACGCCCUGUUUGCCUUCUGUACUCCAGCAAGGUCUUCGUAUUCCAUGCUUGAAAUACGAAUGAAGAGCACUCUGUUUUGCAGCAAGAAUAGAAUCGAUCUUAGUUUCUUAGAUUUGGACGCAAGGGGCAAAGAGUUUUUCGGAUACAGUAAAAAGGAUAUAUUUGGCCGAUCCAGUUACGUAUUGGUACACAGACAAGAUGCGCAGCAUGUGCGAUGCAAACAUACUGAGAUUAUAACAUGCGGUAAAACAUCCCUGGCCACAUUUCGUCUGAUGAACAAAAACAACGAAUGGAACUGGGUAUGCGGUUAUGGUCGAGUGUUGUUUAAAAACGGAAAACCUGAUUUUCUGGUAACCACAAAUCGGAUUAUGAGCGAGGAAGAGGGAAUGGCCAUGAUGAAACUUCGCGAUGAUGCUGACAGAAAAUCUCUAGCCCGCUUGGGUUUGAUUGAACCAGACGAUAGCGCAAAAGCCCUGGAGCUUGGUUUCCCACGCCACAACAACCCGUUACAACAGUAUGAUUCGGUACUAAUGGAUGCACCCGUGCCUAUGCCUCUUCCAGAUCUAGCGCCUCUUGAGGCUUCGGUGUUUAUGAAGAGAGAAGCUAUCGCAGCAUCAACGAAGGAGGAACCAGGCGACCUGUUGAAAGACGCUUUUUUCGAUGUGGACGUUCCAGAACGUUUCCUCGAUUCUUCAGCCGAUCAAGUGAUGAACGAUCCUCUUUCAAAUCUUUCGCCUGAGGAUUUCCAUUCGAGCUCACGCAAUCCGCAAUCACCUGUGGAAUCGGUUAUAAGUGAUCGCACUAAUCAUACGGAUGGCUCGAGACAUUCCCAUGUCAGUAGUACAAGCAGUGCCGCUAGCAGACCUUUCCAGAGUGCUAUAGAUAAAAUUAAUUUCCAAAUGUCGUUUCAUCAAGUGCCGCAAAAACCCUUCUUUGCUGAUCUUACGCCGGUUGCAGGCUCGUCUUCGUCCACCGUAUCUUUGUCACCUCAUAACCCGACGCAGCAGCAACAAAAUUUUCAUCACGGCGACCCCUCGUUGUUUGACGAUUUAACUAAUUUGAAUCUGUUACAGCAACAACACGGGCAUCCAGCAACUGCUAGUAAUUCUUCUUCUAUGAAACUGUACCCCUUCGGAAGUCAUUCUCCAAUUUAUCCUAACGUGGAGUCGUUUCAACGUGUGCAACAGCAACAACAACAGCAUCAACACCACCCCCACCACCAUCCACAACAGCGACACAGUCAACAACAACAAGUACCCAACCUUCAACAACAACAGCUGCAUCAACAGCAGCAGCACAGAUUAAUGCAAGAGCAAGAUAGAACGAAUAUAAAUUACGUACGUUCUCAGUAUAAUUCACCGAACAGUCGCAUACCACUACCAGUUAAUGAUCAUGUUGCACCGAAUAUAACAUUGCCUUAUGACGUAGGCAAUGGUAUGUCUCCACAAAUGGAAUUACAUCACAUGAGAAACGAUACACACAGACAAUAUAAUACUUUUCCUUAUUCGUAUAUGCACGCAGAAAAUACGCCACAACCUGGAAACUGGGCAAGGAAUCAUCAACAAAACUUUUUACAAAACAAUAACCAUUCACAAUUUUUGCCUUGGCUGCCUGUAUAUGAAAGUUGAUAAAAAGGAGCCUGUAAAUAAAAAUAGAGAACCUUGUUAGGUGUCACGUGUUGUUCGUCACGUGUUGUUCGUCACGUGUUGUUCGUCACGUGUUAAGUAUCACUUAUGUGUUCGGUGUCACGUGUUGAUUGUCACGUGUUAUGUAGCGCUUGUCACGUGUUAAAUAUUGCGUCACGUGCUUUGUUACGAAUUAUAGAUCUACGUUACAUUCUUCCUGUUUUGGUUAUUUGAAUAUUAUUUCAGUUUUUUGUUACUUUUUUAUUUAUUGCUGUUUUCAGUUAUAAAUUUUUUUUUUUUUUACCUAUAAAAAUAUCGAAAUUUGUUUUUUGAAUCAAGCCACGUAUUACUACUGCUUUUUCACCAUACAUCUACAGUUUAUCUGGUAAAUCGUAAUCAUCGAAGCCUCUGGCGUAAAUAACACGUGUUAAGCGAGGCAACAAAUUGCCUCCAUUACUCUAGUUGUUUUUAUCAGGAACCACACCGCACGUGUUUUAUAAUUACGACUUCUCAGAUAAACAUACUCAUUUUUAGAUCAAUGUGAUUUUUUAAUUUCUUUUUUAUAUCAUUUAAUUAUUGUUUUUACUAUUUUCAUACAUGCAUGCACUGUCGCUAGCUACUGGACUUCUUACAUUCACAUUACAACUGUGUUUUUUAAAGCUCAUAUGUUACUGAGUGCAUUGUUCACGGCAGUUGGUUAAAUGUGUUUGACCAAGAAGGUUUAGCAAAUCAUUCAAAAGAUUGUCGCUUCAUACACGUGAAGUUUCUGAAAACUGUGACAAGAAUUGAACACAGUGUUCUCUGUCCUAGCUGUGACUUUACACAUCUUGAAAUUUUUUAUUUUAAUUUUUAGGUUUUAACUCAUGCAAAACUAUAAUAUUAUGAAUCUUAAUUCUUGAAAGGUUUAUAUGUACAUAAAAUAUAGAAAGUUUUUUUUUUUUUGGUGUAUGACAUUGUAUAAAGCAACCUAAAAUUGAAAUAAAGAGUAAGCCUUCCAA